UCGGGUUACCGCGCUGUCCCCGUCUAUAAAUUAGGAGGGACCGCCGGGUGCUGGCAGGACUCGCGACACGACUGCCAUUUCUUUACCUGCUCGACAGCGACUUUGCCAAAAAGACGAGAAGGAGCCCACCCUUGUGCUUUGAUCUGACUUCUUUAUUUCUGCCUUGCCAGCCGAGUGCCGGGAUGCUUGGAGUGGACCACCAGACCGGCCGGACCCCCACAGCCGCCGGCCCCCGCCUGGAGAGCCUGGAGCGCCAGCUGAGCUGCCCCAUCUGCCUGGAGCUCUUCAGCAAGCCGGUGCUCAUCCUGCCGUGCCAACACAACCUGUGCAGGGGCUGCGCCAGCCGACUCUACGAGACUCACAACCCCUACCACUACACGGGGGGCGUGUUCCGCUGUCCGACGUGCCGCUACGAGGUCUACCUGGACCGCCACGGGGUCGGGGGGCUGCGGCGGAACCUGUUGGUGGAGAACAUCGUUGACAUCUGCAGGGAGCAGCAGGCGCGCGACAGCAGCAAGUGCGCGUCCACGAGCGGCGGUGGUGGCGGCGGCGGCGAGCCCUUGUGCGCCGAGCACGAGGAGGAGACGCUCAAUGUGUACUGUCGCACCUGCCAGGUGCCCACCUGCUCCCUCUGCAAGGUGUUCGGGGCGCACAAGAACUGCGAGGUCUGCCUCCUGUCGGACGUCUACCUCAGCCGGAGGGGCGAGCUGGCCCGGGCCGUGGACGCGCUGGGGGCCCGAAGGGACGGCGCGCGGGCUGUCGUCGAGGAGCUCGAGGGGCUGGCUAAGAGGGUCGCAGAGAGCGGCCGGCGCCAGCGGGACACGUUAGCGGGGAGGUUCGAGACGCUCUGCGGGGUCCUGCACGAGAAGAGAGCGGCGCUGCUGCUGGAGGUCGCGCAGAAGGAGGAGGCCCAGCUGGAGACCGUGCGCGGCCUGAUAGAGCGCCACCAGGGGGCGCAGCGGGACAUCGCAGCUCUGCUGCAGACCGCCCUGCUAGCCGUGGAGGAGCAGCCCCCCGACGCCACGGCAGCCUUGUUUCUGCUCACGUCCGGUGAGCUCCUAGCACGGAUCAGGACGGCCGCCCAGCGGGUACCGCUUCCCGUGCCCAAGUCGGACUGGGAGGGAAAGAAGCACUGGCACUGCGCAGUGGGCACGGAGCAGGCAGAGGCGGCGCUGCGCAGCCUGGACUUUGACGGCGAGGGCGCCGAGCGCUUCGAGGACGCCGCGCAGGAACUGAGGGACAUGGAGGGUUGAGGCCUGCCAGUGGUUUUGGGGGUAUCUGGGGGGGUUUGGGGGGGAGGGUGUUUGGCGCAGUCCAGCACAUGGGCAGAAGAAAAAUCUUAAAAAAAAAAAAAAAAAAAAAAAAAAUCGACCCUGAAACGAGGCGCACGGGGGCGCCGAAGAGCUGCGCUGAAACAAGCCGAGGGGGCCAAUGAUGCCCCGGACUGAUGGGCUUGAUGGCGGGCGGAGUGGGGGGUACAGAAAUAAAACAUAACGUGAGAAGUGGA